CUGCCAGAUAACCAUCACUCUGUCUGAUCUUUUGAAUUACGAAGGAUUCGUAGCUCUAGGAAUAACCUGAAAAAGUCACCAUGGCUCAUUCUCAUUCUCACGAUCAUUCUCACGACAACAUUGCCGAGCAUGGCCACUCCCACGAGAUCCUCGAGGGCCCCGGAUCCUACCUGAACCGCGAGAUGCCUCUGAUCGAGGGGCGCGACUGGAAGGAUCGAGCUUUCACCAUUGGAAUCGGAGGACCGGUGGGAUCAGGUAAAACAGCGCUGAUGCUGGCUCUGUCGCGUGCCCUCCGCGACGAGUACAACAUUGCCGCCGUCACCAACGACAUCUUCACCCGGGAAGAUGCCGAAUUCCUCACCCGCAACAAAGCCCUCCCCGCCGAGCGCAUUCGCGCGAUCGAAACCGGUGGAUGUCCGCACGCCGCCGUCCGCGAAGACAUCAGCGCCAACCUCCUCGCGCUGCAAACACUCCAGAAACAGUUCCAGACUGACCUGCUCCUCAUCGAGUCCGGUGGCGACAACCUUGCUGCCAACUACUCGCGCGAACUCGCCGAUUUUAUCAUUUACGUGAUCGACGUCGCUGGUGGCGACAAGGUGCCGCGCAAGGGAGGACCGGGCAUCACAGGGUCAGAUCUUCUCGUUGUCAACAAGAUUGAUCUGGCUGAGGCCGUUGGCGCGGAUCUCUCUGUCAUGGAGCGCGACGCGGCCAAGAUGCGCGAGGGAGGACCGACGGUGUUUGCGGUGGUGAAACACGGCAAGGGAAUGGACCAUAUUGUGAAUUUGAUUUUGAGUGCCUGGAAGGCCAGCGGGGCGUACGAGCUUAGUCUGCAGCGAUGGAAGGAGGGUGCUCCUCGGGGAUCUGGGAGCGUUGAGCCUUAGGUGUUUACUAUUUUUAUAAUGAUAUCUUCACAAGCAUUCGUC